GCUGCUGAUUUUUCUAUUAAUGACAACAGCCUGGCCACAUAGAAGCGAAGGCUGGUCUAUUGCCUGGAAAGGAGGAUUAAAGAACGACCCAAGAUUUAGUUUAAUUUUUCCAGGGACGAAAUGGUGUGGUUCGGGGAAUAUCGCUGCCAACUUUGCGGACCUAGGAUCGUCUGAAGAAACGGACAAGUGUUGCAGAGAGCAUGAUAAUUGUCCUGAUAGCAUAGAAGCCUGGAAAUCGAAACACAAUCUUACAAACAACUCUUUCUAUACGAGACUGCACUGCAAGUGUGACGAUGAGUUUUACUACUGUCUGAAGAAGAAUAACGACUUCACAUCUAUGGAAGUUGGAAUAACCUACUUCGACGUACUAGGUACACAGUGCUACAAGAAGGAAUAUCCCAUCAUAAGCUGUAAGAAAUAUAACCGAAUACUGAUGUCAAGGUGUGAGCUGUAUGAAUUGAACGAGACACUGGAGAAACAAUGGCAGUGGUUCGAUGUUCCAGUGUACUGAUAUCACUACAGUCCGAAGCUAAAGCGUUCUUAACUAGAUCUGUAGGAGCCAUUUUCUUGCAAUAA